AUGGAUACGGAUGCUUCAACUCUCCAUGUAGUAUAUGAAAUGUGGGAUUCAAUGAUUGAAAACGUAAAGAAAGUCAUAUACAAGUAUGAAAGAAAGACGGAGUCGGAGGUAUCAACCUUUUAUGAGGUAGUGCACUCCAUAUUAGUUGAUCGUUGGACUAAGAGUAGCACACCUCUCCAUUGUUUAGCUCACUCUUUGAACCCAAGAUAUUAUAGUCAUGAAUGGCUAAGUGAAGAUGCUAGUAGAGUUCGUCCACAUCAAGAUGUGGAAAUUACUCGUGAAAGGAUGAAGUGCUUCAGAAAGUACUUUGUUGAUGUGGAUGUGAGGAGACGUGUGAAUGUAGAGUUUGCAAGUUUCUCAGAUGGAAGAGAAGGAUUUGAUGACAUUGACUCUUUAGGAGAUAGGGGACGGAUUGAUGCUAAAUCUUGGUGGCUUACUCAUGGUGCUCAUGCUCCACUAUUACAACAAGUUGCUCUUAAGUUACUUGGGCAGCCAUGUUCAUCUUCAUGUAGUGAAAGAAAUUGGAGCACAUACUCUUUCAUUCAUUCUUUGAAGAGAAAUAAGAUGACACCCGAAAGAGCUAAAGAUUUAGUAUUUGUUCAUAGCAAUCUCCGGCUUAUUUCAAGAAGUUCUCCACAAUACCAUGAAGGGGAAACCAAGAUGUGGGAUAUAGCGGGAGAUGCGUUUGAAUCACUUGAUGAGGGUGGAUGUGGAAUACUUGAAGUUGCUAAUUUAUCACUUGAUGAACCGGAGCUAGAGGCUAUAUUUUUCAAUGAUGAUGGUGGUCAAGAAGGAGGAGCAAGCCACUAG